GACCACCCGCGACGCGAGAUAAGGGUUCCCUGGUGCCGGUGGGGGCGCUCUGCGGCUCGGCGCUGUCGGGCCCCAGCUGGACGCGUGGCUGCGGCAGGAAUCCGGGUCCCGGCGGAGGCUGCCCCCGGAAUGCUUUCAUUCGGCAUAAACAUGGCUGCGGCCCUGCGAACUGCGGGCGCUCUGCUCCGCGAUCGUACGGUGCCUGGCAGCUUGAGGACCCGUCAGCCGUGGAGGUGCCAGUCUGGUGCAGCAGCCACAGCGGCCGCCGCCGCAGCAGCAGCCCAGCUUGCCAGAAGCCCAAAACCUCAAGUUCAACAGGGGAAGAGGAAGCCGAAAACUGGAAUACUGAUGCUCAACAUGGGAGGCCCUGAAACGCUUGGGGAUGUGCACGACUUCCUUCUGAGGCUCUUCUUGGACCGAGACCUAAUAACACUUCCUAUUCAGAAUAAGCUGGCACCGAUCAUCGCGAAACGCCGGACCCCCAAAAUCCAGGAGCAGUACCGCAGGAUCGGAGGCGGGUCCCCCAUCAAGAUGUGGACUUCCCGGCAAGGAGAAGGCAUGGUGAAGCUGCUGGACGAGAUGUCCCCGCACACAGCCCCUCACAAAUACUACAUUGGAUUCCGGUACGUCCACCCUUUAACAGAAGAAGCAAUCGAAGAGAUGGAGAGAGAUGGGCUGGAGAGGGCUAUUGCUUUCACGCAGUACCCGCAGUACAGCUGCUCUACCACAGGUAGCAGCUUAAAUGCCAUUUACAGAUACUACAGUGAAGUGGGAAAGAAGCCGAGGAUGAAGUGGAGCACAAUCGACAGGUGGCCCACGCACCCGCUCCUCAUUCAGUGCUUUGCCGACCACAUUCAGAAAGAGCUGGACCAUUUCCCACCGGAGAAGAGGAGCGAAGUGGUCAUUCUUUUUUCUGCUCACUCACUGCCAAUGUCUGUGGUCAACAGAGGGGACCCCUAUCCUCAGGAGGUGGGUGCCACCGUCCACAGAGUCAUGGAGAAGCUGGCUUACUCCAACCCCUACCGACUGGUGUGGCAGUCCAAGGUCGGCCCCAUGCCCUGGCUGGGCCCUCAGACGGACGAGACCAUCAAAGGGCUUUGCGAGAGGGGGCGGAAGAACAUCCUCUUGGUCCCGAUAGCAUUCACCAGCGAUCACAUCGAGACCCUGUAUGAACUGGACAUCGAGUACUCCCAGGUUCUAGCCGACGAGUGUGGAGUUGAAAACAUCAGAAGAGCAGAGUCUCUUAAUGGAAAUCCAUUGUUCUCUAAGGCCCUGGCGGAUUUGGUGCUCUCACACAUCCAGUCCAACGAGCUGUGCUCCAAGCAGUUGACUCUGAGCUGUCCGCUCUGCGUAAACCCUGUCUGCAGGGAGACUAAAUCCUUCUUCACCAACCAGCAGCUGUGACACCUGCCAAAGGACCCGCGGGAGUAGGCAAAUGCCAGCCUCCAGACACUUCCAGCGCGGGGGACGCAUUUAGAGGUCAAGGAAGGGCGUUGCGUCAGUGUACGCUCAGCCUUUGGGCACACGUCGUGUGGUUUCUCGAGGAUCGGACUCUGAAAUCCUUAUUGAGAGUUUUCUAUUUUUAUAUGCCGAUAUAGUAUGCACUUACAUUCUCUCUUUCCUUGGGUAAAGUUAUUCAUUUGCAAUGGCCACUAGGCUGUUUAAAAAAUGAGUUUUAAAAGUUUAUUUUACAAGAUGCUCACAUAUUUUAAAUACAGAUUUUGAUUUUCUUGCCCGAAAAAGCCUCCCACAAGGGGACAGAGCGCCCCCUGUGGGCUGUCAGUGUGAAGGAGAUCUGUUUACAAGUUUCAAGCAUAUAGUUGCUGGGUUUUUAAGUGAAUGUAGUUGAGCAAAUGCAGUAUAACUUGAAAGUCGUCCCCAGGCCCCUGGGUUACAGGACGCUGGGGAGGUGGUGUGGUGCCUACGCAGCUGCUUCUGCCAGCGCCGCGACCGUGGACGGUCACUGGGGUACUCAUGUGUGAACUUCACUUUCCUCACGGUCAAGCCAAAUCCAGUACCAAUUCUAAACGUGCUCUGAGGUUCCCCAGGCACAAAAGGCAAAUAAACGUGUAGAAGCCCAGCGUUUGUCAUACGUCCCUGGGUAAGAAUCUGUGUGCCACGGGAAAGGGGGCUCCCACUUCUUCCUGCCUCCAGGGCCAGCAACGCUGGAGCACCUGCGAUGGGACUCAUUAGAGCUCCUCCCAGAACCCUGUAAACCUUUCCCCCAAGCCUCUUCUUUACCUUGGUUGAAUGUGUCCUUAGUGUACAUUUGUUUGAAGAAUUAAUUUAUAAAGUCAACUGCUUUAUAACCUUAAAUUCUUUCUUAAUUUACAAUUUUUAUGACAAAUUAUGUAACAUGCAAUAAGAAAUUUUAAAAAUAGAGAAAAAAUUAACCACUCUGAUACAACAACUAUUCAUCAUAUUGUCUUUCAUGUCAUUCUUCUCCUGUGGAUAUUUUUAAGGCCGUUGUAACCUUGAAUUUGAGUGAAGAGUUCUAAAAAUAUAGAAAUAAUGUAGGAUCGGAGUCAGACCUUCUAUACUUGGAUUUAAAUGGAUUUAAAAAAAUCUUUGAUGGAUUCGUAAUGAAUUUGUAAUGAUUACUUUGUCUUUGCUCAUUGCCCUAAAACUUUGUUCUUCAAAAGAACAUUUCUUUGAUUUUUGAAAAAUCCUGUUCCUAAAGUAGAAGUAUUAGAGAAGUCAUAGAUCUUCUAUAUUCAGGAUUUACUAUAUUAAUAAAUAUUAUGACAUUAUUAAGGUUUGAACAGUUUGAUUCAUGUUCUCUGUUAAAUCAGAACUAAUCCAAAUUAGUUAAUAAUCAAAAUUACUGAAUAGGGACUUACUUUGUAAU